AUGGCUGGACAUGGACUUCGCAGCGUGCGGCCUCCGUGCAGUUCUGUGCUGCUUUUCUCGUUGAGCUUUGCCAGGGUCGCCAGUGUGGAGUUUGCACUGGGAGCUCUCGCCCACCUUCCACAACGACACGCAACAGCAGCUGCAGCCUUUAUCGACUACCAGAAGAAUUUCAAUGCUUCCUUGGCCGCCCGGUUAGGCCCUCCAAUCAUCGAGAUCCCCGGUGGAGUGCAUCCAAAUGCAAGCAUGGGAGCCAUCAGUUUGAGCAUGAAGGACGAUGGUGAUUCCGACAAGACGGGCAUGUCCGAAGCCUUGAACUUGCUUCUUGGCCUUGAAGGCAAUGUGCCUGUGGUCGGAUUAGUCGGUCCAGGGAAAUCGAAGACCGCCACGCCGGUUGCUACACUGGCAGGUGUGCGGCAGAUACCCCAAAUAUCUUGCUGUGCCAAAAGCCCCAAGUUGUCUAACAAGAAGGAAUACCCCUUCUUUAUUCGGACCAUGCCACCGGACAGCUUCCUCGCUACUGCCAUUUGGCAUUGGGUUGUACACUUCAAUGUCGCAACAGCAGCUUGUGUUUAUUCCGACGAGGGCUACGGCCAAAGUCUCUUCGGAUCUCUGAAUGAUCUUGCUCGUGCCAACGGUCAGCAAGACCGAAUUCAGGGACAGGGCUUGGGACGAAUGUCAUUUUCAAACUUCAAUUCAGAGCAAGCUCGCAAAGUAGCACAGCUUGUGAAACGGAUUGGAUCCCAUUUUGUCAUUCUUCUCAUGCAUGACGCCUUCGCUGGCGGUUUCUUCAACGUCCUUGAGCAGGAGGGCAUGCUGACGUCAGCAUGGCAAAUACUAUCUACGGAUACGUUCGAAGCAGAUGCAGGCAGGAAAGUGGGUUACAUGUACCUGAGACCCUCUGGUGAAGGCGCCAAGGCUCCGGAGCUACAGCAGUUAUGGUCCCGGCUUUCUCCACUUGACAUGCAAGCCACGAAUCAGAUGCAACUACCUGUUGGCCUGGUCGGGGAUGAGAUGUUCGAUGAAGGUCUGGUGUUUGACCCAAGCGCGCUCUAUAACUUUGACUCGGUGUACGCAUACUUCAUUGCCAUUAACAACCUACUUCAUUCGGGCAUGGAUGCAAGUGAAGUCCGUGGCCGCGCGCUCUUAGAUGAGAUGAGCAGGCUACGAUUCAACGGCGUGUCAGGUGAUAUGAGCUUCGAUAGGAACGGUGACCGGCUGGGGGCUUUUGAGUUCCUGAACGUGCAGUCCGAUGGCAACGUCGCUUCUGUUGCGUCCUUCAGUGCUAAGACAUUGAAUUUCACAGUUACGGCACCUUUGACAUGGAUGGAUGGGUCAGUGGGGUACUUCCCGCCGCCAGACAUGUAUUCUUGUGAUCCCGGCUUCUACCAGGAGGAGCAAACAAGGCAGUGCAAGAGAUGUCCACAGGGGAACUUCUGUGAAGGAGGGCUGACGGCUCCUCUGAUGCCCUGUCCCCGAGGCACUUUUGCCCCCGACGUGGGCAUGACCAAUUGCACCGCUUGCCCGAACGGCAGUUUCGCCCUGGAUGCGGGCUCGGCGGCAUGCGUUGCAUGUCAGCCUGGCACAGAGGGGCCUUUCGAAGGAAUGGAGCUAUGCAGGAGCUGUGAGGUGGGCUUCUACAUGCCAUCGUCGGGAAGCAGUCAAUGCCUGCCUUGCGGGCAGAAUCAGAUCACCCGAGGGCUCGGCUCCACCAGCGAGUCUGAUUGCGUUUGUGCGGAGGGGUCCUUCAUGUGUCCAUCUCAAGGUUGCAUCCCAUGCCCCGCGGGGCUCUACUGUCCGGAGGGCUUAGGGCCCCCGGAGCAGGCUGCCGGCUUUUGGACCGACCCGAACGCUUCCCAAUGCGACUUCUCCGUCUUGCGCUGCAGAGACCGGGCCGAGUGCCCUCAGGGACCUUUGGGGCGCUGCUCCGAAGGGAGAGAGGGGCAGGCGUGUAACAACUGCGAGCCGGGCUACUACUCCCGAGGCUCAACGUGUGAACGUUGUCGUGAAGGGGAUGCUCUUCCGGUCAUCUUGCUCUUGAUUGUGCUGCUUGCCCUCCUCGCCUUCGUGAGUAAUUCAAAUCGGGAUCCAAGUCAAGUGAGUCUGAAUACCGUCACGGCGGCCUCACUGACCAGCCAGCUGCUCAUGGCCAUCCAAUCCCUGGGUUCGAUCCGCGAGCUGUCCAUCAACUGGCAGGAGCCAGUGGCGACUCUUAUCAACCUCACGAAGCUGGUGAUGUUCGACUUCCAUUUCAUACGCACUUCUUGCUUCUUCGGCACCGACAAUCCCGUACUCUAUUUUGUCGGCCGAUUGCUUACAUGCCCGGUUGCUUGUGCUCUGCUACUGUGCGCUUGGGUCCUGCAGAAGAUGCUCGGACGUCACAAGCCAUUCAACACGGUGUUCAAUCAGUGUGGAGUGAUGAUCUUUGCCUUCUUCCUGUCCAUCACCCGCGCGACCCUGAUUCCAUUUCAGUGUGUCGAGAACCCAAAUGGAACUAGCUCAAUGAUGCUGCACCCGGGCAUCAUUUGCUACCAAUCGGAGGAGCAUGCCGUCUUUGCUGCACUUUCUGUGGUAGGAGUUGUGACUCAGCCCUUGGCCAUCCUGGUGUUGGCCACCUACGUCAUCUUCACGUAUCCAUCGCGUGUAGCCGGUGGCAAGGGGCUUCGCUUCUCCACGCGAUACCGUUUCCUUCUUCACAGGUCCUACUACUACGGUUUGGUCCUCCUGUACCGCAAUGCUAUCGUCGCUCUUUUGCCUACGGUUCUGGUCGGCGUGCCGGAAGUUCAAGUACCGUUAAUGGGCAUCAUGUUGCUUGCUGUCCAGAACCUGUCCUUGCAACUGGCGCCGGAGCAAACUGCGCCAUGGCGAACACAAAUGGCCAAUCGCGUCGACAUGCUGUUGACGGACCUUCUUCUCGUCACUCUGCUCAGUGCCGGUCCUCUGCUGCUACUGGACGAGGCUUCGUCCACGGCCGUGCUCGGUUGGCUUCUUUGUGUGCCCAUCCUGUCGAUCUUGCUUGUGGUUCUUCUUGGCUUCCUGAGAGUCGCGGUGAAGGCCAUCAGGCAGAAGAGGGAGAAGCUCUACGACAUCUUCCUAUGUCACCACAAGGCAGGGGGUGGGAGCUUGAGCCGCUUGAUGAAGCUCGUGAUUCUGCAGCACUCUUCCGCCCGGGUGUUCUUGGAUAGCGACCAGCUUCAGAACCUCGACUUGUUGUUUGACAUCAUCCGGACAUCGACAAAGAACGUGGUCGUGGUGCUUACCGGAGAGCUGCUGUCUAGAAGUUGGUGUGCGGGAGAGAUCGUAACCGCCUGGAAGAAUGACAUUCACACGGUGCCAUUGCUCUGCGAAGGUUUCGAAAGGCUGUCUGACGAGGCACAGAAGCAGAUCCCUUCGCUUUGGACGCCUCACCAAGUUGCACAACUGGCAAGCUACGGGAUCCAGCUUGAUGAUGUGAACUUGGCUUAUGCAUGGCUGCAGCAUGAGCUAACUCCCCUCCAAAUGGCACGCUUUGGUCCAGUUUAUGGCAGGGAAAAGGUGGUCGUGGAGCUUAUGAACUUCUGUGGAUUGUCGUCUCGUCGAACGACGAGCAAGACGGCCGGACAUGUCUCACGACCCCGGAUUCUCAUUUUGAGCUCCUAUAUGGAGGCAGAGUAUUUGUCCGCUUGCGAGGUCUUUCAAAUUCUUCUACAAGCACACCUCCAUGUCGAGUGCGAGGUUGUGCACGAUUUUCAGCAGAUCGCCACACGCAAGCCUUUUGCCUACUACCUCAUUGCCUUGCUUUUCCGUGGCAUCCUCCGGGACGAAGAUUUCAUCAAGCUUCUCCUGUAUGCCACUCAGACUUGUACCUCGUCAAAACGGGCCUUGGAAUUGGUGCCAGUGGUUGCCGACUCCAACUUCGAAGUUCCAAACGUCGACGCGAGGUGGCACACUGGGAGUUCUUGCUCACUGCCAGCCCAGGUUUUUCGAAACUUGUGCACAGUGCUGGCCUUGCCAUUCACACCUCUAGCAUCAGAAGGUUUGCAAGAAAGGCAGGUGGCGGAGAUCGCAUCUCGAAUCCACCGGUAUCAGGACGCUUGGCAUGAUAUAGUGCACUAUAAUACAGUGUCAUAUACUACAAUAUACUACGUUAUAUCGUAA